UGGUCGCCAAGUUCUUGCCGCACACACAGAUGUUGCAAAAUUAAAAGACAAAAGAAAAACAAAUUAAUAAAUAAAUAAAUUUUAUUAAAUCCCUUUCCCCCUUAGAAUGAGCGAUUUCCAAUGGCCCUGGGAGUAUACAUUUCCCCCGUUCUUCACUCUCCAGCCCCAUGAAGAAACCAGACAACAACAAUUAAAAGUGUGGGCGGAUCUCUUUCUCAAAUACCUCAAACAUCUCAAUAGAUUUACACUCAGCAUUAAUGAACAGAACUUUCCACUCUAUCACAAUGAAACACUCAAACGACGCCUAUCGCCGGAAUUGAUAUUAUUGAUAUUGGAGCAACUGCAGCAAAGUGGCCAUGCCGCGCCACUGGACAAAAGGCGUCAAGAGUGGCAAGUGUAUUGGUAUACUCUAGAAGAGUAUGGCAAUAUGGUCUACGAUUGGAUACAGGAGACAGGACAAACGAAUAGUAUUUGUACUCUCUACGAGAUUGCCUCGGGUGAGAAUACCACACAGCAAUCCUUUCAUGGAGUUGAUGAAGCGGUCCUGGUCAAUGCCUUGCGUCUGCUGGAGGAGAAGGGCAGAUGCGAGCUCAUCGAAAUGGAUGGCAGCCAUGGUGUUAAGUUUUUCUAAUUAAUUAUUAUUGCCUUGUUGUGAUAAUGGCCUUCUUUUUUUAUAAACAAUAAACCGAACAAAUAGAAAA